AUUUUCUCUUCAUCAAUUUACAUUCUCUCUGAAAACACAUAACAACAUAUAUACAACGUACAAUGAUGGCAAAUGACCAUUUAAAUGGCACAAUGCCUCCACGAUGUUCUUCCUUUUCGUCGAGGUCAUCUCGUACACUAGCAGUAUUGACGCCUUGUGCUGCGUGUAGGAUGUUAAGAAGAAGGUGUGUGGAAAAAUGCAUAUUGGCACCUCAUUUUCCGCCUGAUGAACCUCUCAAGUUCACUGUGGCUCACCGUAUUUUUGGUGCUAGCAACGUAAUCAAGUUGUUACAGGAAUUGCCGGAAUCUCAAAGAACUGAUGCAGUUAAUAGCAUGGUGUACGAGGCUAAUGCAAGAAUCAGAGACCCUGUCUAUGGAUGUACCGGUGCCAUUUUUCAACUUCAAAACCAAGUGAACGAACUUCAAGCCCAACUAGCCAAAGCUAAAGCUGACGUACUUAACAUUCAAUGCCAAUACGCAGCUCUGGUUUGCAUCAAAACGAGUCGAUCUCCUCAAACAUCAUCUGAAGAAUCUUUUGAUGGAUUGAAAAACAGUUUUGAUGAGAGCUUUCAAAGCAGUAACCCUAGUUUUUAUCUUGACAACGAACAAGAUCCGUUAUGGGACACCAUUUGGGCAUGAAUAUAUCAUUUUUUUUUUUGUGGACAAUAUCUUCCAAUGGCAAAGUCCAACAUAUGUUAGGAAUACUGUUAAGUCAACUCGAUAUGGUGUGUGUUUGUAACAAGAUGAAGAAAUCACACCCGAAUCAGUAAACUGAACACAGGGAAAUCUUGUGUCGUUUACAUAUCAGUGUAAAAAUUAGUAUCUGUUAGGAAC